CGUGACCCAUCGCCCUGGCUAACAUGGCGGCGCCCCUGGAGCUCGUGUUGAGCACCGAUGCAGCGGGACAGGUUGCUAAUUGUUCGGCAUGGGAUCCACAAACGGGAGCGGUUCUGCUCAGCUAUCGCGGGGGAAACAGCUCACCGCGAGGCCUGGUGAUGCUUGGGGGGCAGUAUCUCCUCGGAGGACAACUGGGGAAGAAUUACAUCAAUGUAUGGGAACUACAAAGAAAGGAUCAGCUGCAGCAGAAGAUAGUUUGUUCUGCACCGGUCACUUGUUUGGCAGCAUCUCCUAAUGGAUUGUACCUGGCAGCAGGCAUUGCAGACAGUAUUUACCUGUGGGAGGUUUGCACAGGGCAUUUGCUUGCUAUUCUUAAUAGUCACUACCAGGAUGUCACUUGCCUCACCUUCACAGAUGACAGCAGCCAUUUCCUGUCUGGAGCCAAGGAUAGUCUUGCUCUUGUGUGGAACCUUUUCAGUAUUUUGCAGGCUGACGGAUCCCGAGGCCCUGAAGCUCGUCACAUGUGGACCCAACAUUCACUUCCUAUCACUGAUAUUCAUUGUGGCACUGGAGGGCCCCAGUCCCGAGCAGUAACUUCUUCCUUGGACCAGACAGUUAAGCUUUGGGAUAUUGCAUCUGGUGAACUUCUGGUCUCUGUCCUCUUCGAUGUUCGAGUCAUGUCAGUAACAUUUGACCCAGCUGAAUAUCACUUAUUCUGUGGUGGAAGUGAUGGCUCCAUAUUCCAGGUGGACCUGUGUGAAUGGCCUGUGCAGCGAGACAAAACAUUUAAUGCAGAACAGGAGAAGGUAUUUAAAGGACACAGAGACCAGGUAACAUGUCUUUCCGUAUCAUUGGAUGGGAGUAUGCUAGUCUCAGGAUCUCAUGAUGAGACGGUGUGUGUUUGGGACAUCCAAAGCAAGCAGUGCCUACGUACAGUAAACCAUAGAGGUCCAGUGACCAACGCCUUCAUCAUACCUGCACCAGGAAACAUGUUACGGGCAGACAGUAAACCAAGCUUUCCCCUUCCUCGCUUUAGUAAACACUUUCAGGGUGCUGAAGGCUGCGAUGAUCCGGAGAGCGAGGGCAUCAUAUUGCGGCUUGGUAAACAGCAACAAGGAGCAGAGGACACUUACUUGCAGCGUGCAGAACAGUUGCACCUCUUGUUAGGUGAAACUGAAGGCAAGAACCUCUCUAGCGUCGUGGAACAGCUUCGCUCUCGGACAUCAGAACUUGAGGAUGAGCUGAAUAUGGUGCGGAAGAUCAACAAAGAUCUAUUUGACUUCUCAGCUAACAUCAUCACAAAAACCUGACAUGGUCAACGGAACGUACUAAACAAAGACAUUUAUCAUUAUUAUUAUUUUAUUUUAGAAACUGGACUUUUCCACAUAGAUAUUAGUAGUCAUUCUUUCACCCCACCCCUCCUAGAAGUACUAUAGUAUAGCAGCAAGGCACUUGUAUAAACCACUGUGGAUUUUCCUACAUACAGUAUCUUCUUUAGGAGGUGCAAAAGCACAAGACCUAACAUUCUUUUCGUAGUAUUAAUUCCUAUAGUCAUUUUUGUUUUUUUAAUCACUUUGCCACAUUUUAAUUCGGGAAUUGUUGCCAUAACUGAAUUUUCCUUGUUCUGUAUUCAGAGUAUUGCUUGGUGGUAUCACAUGUUAAAGUUUCUCCUACAGAUGGGCAGAGCUAAAGGGCUAAUGUGUUAGUGUGUGUGUGUGUAUAUAUAUAUAUA